GCAGUUGUAGAGCAGAGAGCGCGCGGAGCGGAGCGGCCCGCCAGUCAGUCAGUCAGUCAGUCAGUCAGUCAGUCGGUACCGGAGCGGCUCUGCUGGUGUGGAUGCUACCGAGCAGGACGGACUUUUCCUCCGGGAUAUUCAGCAGCAUGGCUGGGAUGCAGUGAUGAUGGGAUGGAUGUGAAUAUGGGCCAGUGGGCAGGCAUGCGAGCCCCUCUCCUCGGCCUAGCCCUGCUGCUGCCGUUGCUGCUCUUCAAGCCACCACCCUGCUGCGGCCAGAACACCCCGGGGGGCCUUCAGGAUGGACAUCACUUUGGCUUCACUCAGGCUGUCUACCACGCUACGGUUUACGAAAACUCAGCAGCACGCACCUAUGCCAACAGUAAAGUUAAAAUGGGCAUCCACCUGGCCCAGCGCUCCUGGGAGAUCCGCUACAGAAUCACUUCAGGUGAUGACGAAGGCUUUUUCAAGGCAGAGGAGUAUGUGCUGGGCGACUUUUGCUUCUUGCGCAUAAGGACUAAAGGUGGCAACGCAGCUAUCUUGAACCGAGAGAUUCAGGAUAACUAUGUAUUGACAAUAAAAGCCUCUGUUAAGGGAGAGGCCCUCCUUGAGACCUGGACUAAAGUCAGCAUCCAGGUCUUGGAUAUGAAUGACCUGCGACCCUUGUUCUCCCCCACCACUUACUCCGUCACCAUAGCGGAGAGCACCCCUCUCAGGACAAGUAUAGCACAAGUUACCGCCACAGAUGCAGAUAUUGGCUCCAACGGGGAGUUUUACUAUUUUUUCAAGGAGAAAAUGGAGCUAUUUGCUGUACACCCAACCAGUGGAGUGGUCUCUCUCAGUGGAAAGCUCAAUGUUGAUGAACAGAACCGGUACGACUUAGAAAUUCUGGCAGUGGACCGCGGCAUGAAACUCUAUGGAAAUAAUGGAGUCAGCAGCACAGCCAAGCUUUUUGUCCAUGUAGAGCGUGUGAAUGAGCAUGCCCCAGUCAUGAAUAUGGUCACCCACAGCCCCUCAUGGCUUGAUAAAAACCCUGUGUAUGCCAUGAUCACUGUUGAGGACCUAGAUGAAGGCUUAAAUGGAGAGAUAGACUCGGUGGUCAUUGUUGGUGGAGACCCUUCAGAGCAGUUUUUCGUAGAAAGAUCUGUGGAAGGCGAGUUUGCCAUUAAGGCCUCUGAGUCAGUAAAUUGGGAGACGUACCCUUAUGGCUGUAACCUCACUUUGCAGGCUAAAGACAGGGGAGCCCCACAGAAGUUCUCUGCCGUCAAGGUUGUCCACAUUAUGGUCAAGAAACAGACAGCUGAAGCUACGUUUGAGCGGGAGUUGUAUGAUGUUAGUCUGAAUGAAAUUUCACCACCAGGCACGAUUGUAGAGGCUGUUAAAAUCAAGCCAGAGCCUGAUGAUGCAGAAUAUAUCCUGACACCUUCUGCAGAUUCUGCUUUUUUUCAAAUGAACACCCUAACAGGCGUAAUCUCCACCACUCAGUGGUUCACUCAGAUGCCCCAGGAUGUCUUUAAUCUUGAGGUAUUGGAAAUAGAUAGUGAGCUCAAAGUUAAAGUGCAGGUCACCAUUGAGGAUGCCAAUGACAACACACCAACAUUUGAUCAGGCCUCUUAUGAGGUUUUGGUCAAUGAAAGUGUACUAGUUGGGACCAACGUAUUAACAGUUUUUGCAGUGGAUGAGGAUAAAGGAGAAAAUGGAUACAUAACUUACAGCAUUUCCAGCCUUCAGCCAUUACCCUUUAAUAUCAAUCAGUUUUCUGGUAUCAUCAGCACCACUAAAGAGUUGGACUUUGAAUCCUCUUCAGAGAGCUUUGUAUUUGUUGUCAGAGCAUCUGAUUGGGGGUCGCCUUACAGGCGAGAGAGUGAAGUCAAUGUGACAAUUCACCUGGAAAAUGUAAAUGACAACCAGCCAUUGUUUGAGAAGGUAGCAUGCCAGGGGGUGAUCUCCAGGGAUUUCCCAGUGGAUGAAGUGAUUACCACAAUGUCUGCAAUUGAUAUAGAUGAGUUGGAGCUAGUAAAAUAUAAGAUAAUUUCAGGGAACGAAUGGGGGUACUUCGACCUCAACCCGGAUUCAGGGGUCCUUUCACUGCAACAUUCCCUUACCACAGCCAGUCCAAAGAAUGGUGUCUUUAGUCUAAAAAUAACUGCCACAGAUGGUGAGAACUUUUCUGAUCCUAUGUUUGUUAACAUCACAGUUGCUCAUGGGAAAUCUCCUCCCAAAAGUUUCAACUGUAAAGAGACAAGAGUAGCCCAAAAGUUAGCUGAAAAGUUACUCAAAAAGUCCAAAGCUAGUGCCAAGCCCAAAAUCGAGGAAGGUUUUAUUGACCUUUUCUCUGUCAAUCGUCAAACGCCUCAGUUCGACAAAGCUUUUCCCACAGAUAUUGCUGUACGGGAAGACCUUAAGAUUGGUUUGAGUGUUUUCAAGGUCAGUGCCUACGAUGGUGACACAGGUUUCAACGGUCACAUUCUAUACUCUAUUUCAGAUGGAAACACUGACAGCUGUUUUACCAUUGACAUGGAGACUGGUCUUAUCAGUGUCUUCCUGCCUAUGGACAGAGAAAAGAGGGAUCGUUAUCUCCUCAACCUAACUAUCUAUGACCUUGGCCUGCCACAGAAAACUGCCUGGCGUUUGCUUACUGUCUACAUAGAGGAUGCUAAUGAUAAUACACCCCAGUUUUUGCAAGAAGGAGGCUAUAGAAUUGUCAUACCUGAAAACACUGCCAUAGGUACAGAUGUCAUCCAGGUUGAGGCCACUGACAAAGAUCUUGGACCCAAUGGGGAGAUUGUGUAUUCUGUUUUGACCAGCACCACCCAGUUUGGUAUCAACCGCACUAAUGGGAUAGUGUAUGUUGCUGGCCAACUAGACAGGGAGUUUGUUUCAGCUUUUAACCUGAAAAUUGAGGCUCGGGACAAGGCAGAGAAAGGGGGCCAGAGGUUUUCUGUUACCACUUUGAAAAUCAUAUUAGAGGAUGUGAAUGACUGUCCUCCACUAUUUAUCCCCAAUGUGUACAAAGCCAGGGCUCUGGAGGAUCUUCCAGUAGGAACUGUUGUGGCCUGGUUAGAAACCCAAGACCCAGAUUUGGGGUUGGGAGGCCAGGUCCGGUACUCUCUAGCAAACGACUACAAUGGAUGGUUUGAGGUAGACAGGGCCAGCGGGGCUAUUCGGCUGACAAAAGAGCUUGACUACGAGACCCAGCAGUUCUACAACCUCACUGUGAAGGCCAAGGACAAGGGAAGGCCUGUCUCUCUUCUCUCUGUCACCUUUGUGGAGGUGGAGAUCGUGGAUGUGAACGAAAACCUCUACGCUCCAUACUUCUCCCACUUUGCCUUGACAGGAUUAGUUAAAGAGAAUGCCCGGAUUGGAACUACCCUACUCCAAGUCAUCGCUAACGACGAUGACGCUGGCAGAGAUGGAGAAAUCCAGUACUCCAUUCGUGAUGGGAGUGGGCUUGGACGAUUUGCCAUUGAUGAAGAGACUGGGGUGAUCUACACCACUGAUAUGUUGGACCGCGAGACCAAGGACUCUUAUUGGCUAACCGUGUAUGCCAGCGACCAUGGCGUGGUUCCCCAGUUCGCCACUAUCGAGGUGUUCGUCCAGGUGGAGGAUGUUAACGAUAACGCCCCGCUGACCUCAGAGCCGCUGUACCGGCCCUCGGUGCCCGAGAACUCUCCACGGGAGGUUUCUGUGAUCCAGAUCCAGGCCCAGGACCCUGAUGCCACGCCCCCUGCCGCCGCUGACCGGCUCAACUACCGCAUCAUCAGCGGAAACCCGCAGAACUUCUUCACCAUCAACACCCGUACUGGUCUGAUCACCACAACCUCCAGGAAACUGGACCGUGAACAACAAACAGAACACGUUUUAGAGGUGUUGGUGGCAGAUGGGGGUCCUAGUCCCAGGCAGAGUACAGUGUGGGUGAUGGUUCAGGUCCUGGAUGAAAACGACAACAAGCCCACAUUUCCUGAGAAGGUCUACCAGGUCAAACUUCCAGAGAGAGAGCGGAGAAAGAAGGGCGAGCCAAUCUAUCGGGUGUUCGCUUACGACCGCGAUGAAGGGCCCAACAGUGACCUCUCCUACAGCAUCGUGGACGGAAACGAGGACGGGAAGUUCUUCAUCGACCCCAAGACUGCAGUCGUAUCUUCACGCAAAGCCUUCACUGCAGGGAGCUACGACAUCCUGACUAUCAAAGCGACAGACAACGGGCGUCCUCAGAAAUCCUCCACAGCUCGCCUGCACAUCGAGUGGAUUCGUCGACCUCCUCCCUCGACGCUCCCGGUGCUCUUCGAUGAGCCGUUCUACAAUUUCACUGUCAUGGAGAAUGACAAGGUGGCAGAGAUCGUGGGGGUGGUGUCCCUGCAGCAGAGCUCCACCCCCUUGUGGUUUGACAUCACAGGUCCCAGGUCUUUCCGUGAGAUGUUCUAUAUUCUGCAGAGCGCUUGUGGCAGGAACUGUUCCUCAGAAGGUGGGAACAGCGACAGCGUGUUUGAUGUAGAGAAGGCUGUAGGCACCAUCAUCAUCGCCAAGCCUCUGGACGCAGAGCAGCGCUUCUUCUACAACCUGACGGUGCAGGCCACGGACGGCACCAACACUGCAUACACACAGGUUCACAUCACUGUUAUGGACAACAAUGACAAUGCUCCCAUCUUCUCCCAACCAACCUAUGAUGUCACUAUUUCUGAAGACACGCCACCUGACACUGAGGUGGUUCAGGUGCUGGCGUCGGACCGUGAUGAGCAUCAUCGACUGACCUACUCUCUGCAGAGCUCCAUAGACCCCAGUAGCAUGCGUCUCUUCCGCAUCCACCCAACCCUGGGCACCAUCUACACUGCUCAAAGGCUGGACCACGAGGCCUGUGCCCAGCACAUCCUCACUGUCAUCGUGAAAGACCAGGAGUUCCCAUACAGAAAGAACCUGGCUCGUGUGCUAAUAGAAGUGGAAGAUAUAAAUGACCACGUACCCAUCUUUACUAGUGCGCUGUAUGAAGGCUCUGUCUAUGAAUCAGCAGCAGUGGGAUCAGCUGUGGUCCAGGUGACUGCCCUGGACAAAGACAAAGGCGUGAAUGCGGAGCUACACUACUACAUUGAAGCAGGGAACACUGGGAAUGCAUUCCACAUUGAACCAGUUUUGGGUAUCAUCACUGUUGCACGUGACCUGGACUUGUCCAGCAUAGGUCAUUAUGUUCUCACUGUCAGAGUCACUGACAAUGGGUCACCUCCUCUGUCCACCACCACUAUAGUGCGCAUUGCUGUCACCCUGUCUGACAAUGCCGGCCCAAAGUUCCCUCAGCCUGAAUACCAGGCGGAAAUCACAGAGAACGCUGUGGUUGGGACCUCCGUCACCACAGUCGGUGCAGUCAGCCAGUCCACCCUCACUUAUGACGUCAAGCAGGGUAACACAGAUCAUGUUUUUCAGAUAAAUCAGUACAGUGGAGUGAUUUCUACCCAAAAGCCGUUAGACUAUGAGACUACAGCAUCUUACACCUUGACAGUCCAGGCUACCAACAUGGCUGGCAUGGCCUCCAAUGCUACUCUGUUAAUCCAGGUAGUGGAUGAGAAUGAUAACCCACCAGUUUUCCAGCAGCUUCACUAUCAUGGCAGCAUCAGCGAGGCAGCACCAGUCAACAGCGUUGUCUUGAACUCAGAUGACUCACCUCUCGUAAUCAAGGCCACUGAUGCUGACCGCAACCAAAAUGCUCUGUUGGUCUACCAGAUUGUUGAGGACACUGCAAAGAUGUUCUUCACAGUGGACUCAGGAACUGGCUCCAUCAGAACCAUUGCUAAUCUAGACCAUGAGACAUUUGCCACCUUCCACUUCCAUGUUCAUGUGAGGGACAAUGGCAGGCCACAGUUGACAGCAGACAGUCCAACAGAGGUCACAAUACAAGUGAUUGACACAAAUGAUUCGCCACCUCGCUUCACCCAGAAUGCCUAUGAAACAGUUCUGCUACUCCCCACCUAUGUGGGAGUAGAAGCUUUGCAGGUUUCAGCCAUAGACCCUGACAAAGAUGUCCCUACAGAGCUCACCUACUCUCUGACUGAUGGAAUACUGGAGCACUUUGCCAUCAAACCUUCCAGUGGAGUCAUCACAGUCAAACACAACAACUUCUCCAAAGAACGUUUCCGCUUCAGUGUCAAAGUUUCAGAUGGGAAAUUUUCCAACACAGCUUUGGUAACCAUUCUUGUCCGAGAAGCUCUGGACUCUGGUCUCAGCUUCACUCAUAGCCUUUACACAUCAUCCAUUCAAGAGAAUGUAUCAAAUAUCACCAAAGUGGCUGUGGUCAAUGCUGUGGGAAACCGACUCAAUGAACCAUUGAAGUACACCUUGUUGAAUGCCGGCACAAGCUUCAGAAUCCGUCCAACUUCUGGCGUGAUCCAAACCACAGGUAUAGCUUUUGACCGUGAAGAACAUGAGGUCUAUGAACUGGUUGUCGAGGCGAGAAGGGAGCAUGACCGUCUCCACGUGGCCAGAGUUAUGGUUAGAGUCCAAGUUGAGGACAUAAAUGAUAAUGCCCCUGUGUUUGUUGGACUUCCUUAUUAUGCAGCUGUCCAAGUUGAAGCUGAGCCAGGAUCACCCAUUUUCAGGGUCAUGGCAGUAGAUGGUGACAAAGGGAUUAAUGGAGACGUGUCUUAUUAUCUCAAGGAUGACCAUGGUCACUUUGAGAUCAACCGGCAGACAGGUGGUCUCAGCCUCAAGAGGGCUUUUGAGUCUGACUUGUCCAAUAUGGAAUACCAAAUGGUGAUAUAUGCCAGAGAUGGUGGCUAUCCACCUCUCUCAUCUACUAUAGAGUUCCCCAUCACAGUAGUCAACAAAGCCAUGCCUGUCUUUGACAAACCAUUUUAUUCUGUUUCUGUAAAUGAGGAUGUGGCUGUGCACACACCUAUCCUCGGCAUCAAUGCCACUAGUCCUGAAGGUCAGAACAUCAUCUACACUAUAGUUGAUGGAGACCCCUCUCUUCAGUUUGACAUUGGUUUUGAUACUGGAGUCAUAAGUGUCAUCCACUCUUUGGACUACGAAGUAGCAGCAUCUUACCACCUGACCAUCAGAGCCACAGACUAUCUGACUGGUGCCCGUGCUGAGGUUGAUGUAGAUGUGGUUGUCCAAGAUGUUAAUGAUAACCCGCCUAUAUUCCAGAAUAUGUCCUACAGAGUAGUUUUAUCUGAAACAGCCAUGAUUGGAACUCCAGCACUUCAAGUUAUUGCCACUGACAAAGACUCAGAGAAGAACAAUGUUGUCCGCUACCAGAUCUUCUCAGAUGGGCAUAACAGCACGGACUACUUUCACAUUGAUAGUAGCAGUGGAUUAAUCCUGACAGCACGUAUGCUAGACCAUGAACUUGUCCAGUUAUAUGACUUCAUUGUCAGGGCCACCGAUAAUGGCUUCCCACCAUUGAGUAGUGAAGUAUCAGUCAUAGUUGUGGUGAAUGACAUGAAUGACAAUCCACCAGUUUUCAACCAGCUACUCUACGAGGCAUACGUGAAUGAGUUAGCACCUAGGGGUCACUUUGUAACCUGUGUCCAAGCCUCUGAUGCUGACAACUCGGAUUUUGACAAGUUGGAAUACAGCAUUUUAUCAGGAAAUGAAAAAAUGAACUUUGUGAUGGACAAAAAGACAGGAAUCAUCACAUUGUCCAGCCACCGUAAGCAACGAAUGGAGCCUGCCUACAGCCUCAAUGUCUCAGUGUCUGAUGGGGUAUUCACCAGCACUGCACAGGUUCAUGUCAAGGUGUUGGGGGCCAACCUGUAUAGUCCAGUGUUUGGACAGAAUAUGUAUGAGGCAGAGUUAAGAGAGAAUUCUGCUGUGGGAACCAAAGUUUUACAAGUGAAGGCAACAGAUGCAGACCCUGGAGUGUUAGGUCACAUCAUUUAUUCCUUUGUUAAUGAUGUGGGCAAGGACCAAUUUAGUAUUGAUGCAAAUGGUCAGAUCACCACUGUAGAAAAGCUUGAUCGUGAGGACCCAGCCAAUAAGGACAUUAUUCUGACAGUGGCAGCCCAGGACUCAGGUGGCCGUGUCUCUUACUGUACUGUACAAGUUACUCUGUUGGAUGAUAAUGAUAAUGUGCCUCGCUUCCAUGCUACAGAGUACCGAGCUUCAGUCAAAUCUGAUGUGGCUAAAGGUUUUUUGGUGACACAGAUCCAGGCUUAUGAUCCUGAUGAUGGCACUAACGCCAAAGUGACAUAUUCACUUUACAGUGAAGCACAUGUCCCUGUGGUAGACAUUCUGGAGAUAGACCCAGACAAUGGUUGGAUGGUGACUAAAGGCAGCUUCAGCCACUUGAGGAACUCCGUAUUAUCUUUUUUUGUGAAAGCUGUGGAUGGAGGAAAUCCAGUCCGGCACUCUCUAGUGUCUGUCUACAUCCAUGUUCUUUCACCAGAUGCCUUCAUUCCUUCGCUCAGCCAACAUCAAUACUUAUUUAGUAUGCCAGAAGACACCCCCAUAGGUUCAGCCAUAGGGACGGUGCGCCUCAACACUUCUCCUGGAUAUGCCUCGCUCUCUGCUACUUUUGCCCUGGUUAAUGGAGAGACUGGAGAAAACAACCAAGAUGGUAUGUUUGUGGUGGAAAAAGAUACAGGUGUGAUCAAGCUUGAUAAGCCCUUGGACCAUGAGGUGAUAAAAGGAUACCACUUCAAAAUCACUGCCACUGUACAACAGGCUAAGCUGGAUUCCGUGACUUCUGUUGAUGUUGAAGUCAAAGUGUUAGAUCUAAAUGACAACAAACCAGCAUUUGAGGCCAACUCUUAUGAGGCUACAGUUAUGGAGGGAAUGCCAUUUGGAACCAGAAUCAUUCAAGUGCAAGCACUAGACCCAGACUCAGGUGCCAAUGGGCAAGUAACAUACAGUCUUGGGACAUCAAUCCAGUCAGAAGGGGAUUCAGGCAUAUUGGUUGACACCUUUAGCAUUGACAGCAACACAGGCUGGAUCUCCACACGCAAGGACCUGGACCAUGAGACCAAUCCAUCCUACACAUUCACAGUGGUGGCUUCAGACCUUGGGGAGACCCUGUCUCUUUCCACUACCACCACUGUGACUGUAGCUGUGUCAGACAUCAAUGACAACCCGCCCAGGUUCUUGGAGCAACACUACUUUGGUUCAGUUCAGGAGAGCGACCCGCCAGGUGAAGUGGUGGCUGUGCUGAACACCAGAGAUGAUGACAGCUCUGCCGUUAAUCGUCAAGUCAGCUACCACAUCACUGGUGGGAACUAUCGUGGUGUGUUUGCACUGGGUCUGGUACAGGGGGAAUGGAAGAUGUAUGUGAAGUGGCCGCUGGACAGAGAGGAAUGCAACCUCUACAUCAUCAAUGUCACUGCUAGCGACGGACUCUUUGUUUCCCAGGCAACAGUGGAGGUGUCAGUGAUAGACACCAAUGACAACAGCCCCAUCUGUGACCAGGCUGUGUACACUGCCUCCAUUCCAGAGGAUUUCCCAGUCAACAGUGUGCUGCUGAGGGUUGGAGCUACAGAUGCAGAUGUAGGCCUCAGUGCCAGGAUCCAGUACUCUUUGCAUGGUCCUGGAUCCCAGGACUUCAGCAUGGACCCGGACACCGGUGAGGUCAAGUCAUCUGUGAGUCUUGACCAUGAGAUGACACCCUACUACCGGCUCGUUGCCCAGGCAACUGAUGGUGGUGGACGAUGGUGCCGCGCUGAGGUGCAGCUGGCGGUUACUGAUGUGAAUGACAACCCGCCCAUCUUCACCUUGUCACAGUACACCGCCAGCGUCUACGAAGACACCGCCACCAAAGCCCUGCUCACACGCAUCCAGGCCAUAGACCCUGAUGAAGCAGGUCUGGGCCGUAUGGUGGUCUACUCCCUGGCCGACUCUGCAGGAGGUUCCUUCUCUAUCGAUAAGUCCUCAGGCAUCGUGGUCCUGGAACGCAUUCUCGACCGCGAGGUCCAGCCAGCUUAUCAGAUAACAGUCCAUGCGUCUGACCAGGGUUCACCGCUGCCCCUCUCCUCAUUGGUCAACGUCACCAUCACUGUGCUGGACAUCAAUGACAACCCGCCUGUGUUUGAGCGCCGUGAUCAGCUGGCGACAGUGCCGGAGGAUGUGGGUGUGGGCACUGAGGUCCUGAGAGUUUAUGCUGCCAGCAAGGACAUCGGAACCAAUGCUGAGAUCACUUACAGCAUCCGAUCAGGCAACGAGCACGGGAAGUUCCACAUCCACCCGCUGACCGGUGCCAUUUUAGUUGCCAUGCCUCUGGACUAUGAGAACUGCAGGGACUACUUUCUGACCGUGGAGGCUCGUGAUGGCGGCACGCCACCACUGAGUGCCAUUACGACGGUGAACAUAAACCUGACAGAUGUGAAUGACAACGCACCCAUGUUUAGCCGUGACCUCUACCCUGCAGUGGUGUCAGAGGACGCCACCACGGGAGAGUCUGUGGUCCAGCUGGUAGCGGAGGAUGUUGACAGUCAGCUGAAUGGAGCCGUCCUCUACUCCAUCAUCAGUGGAGACCGGGACAACCAGUUCUUCAUUGACCCCCUCCGUGGGGUCAUCAAGGUCAACAAGCCACUGGACCGUGAGACAGUUCCCAGCUACUCGUUGGCCGUCAGAGCUCUGGAUAGUGGAAUCCCACCCAUGUCCUCCACCGUGAUGGUCAACAUAGACAUCUCUGACAUCAAUGACAACCCACCAACCUUCUCCCCGGCCAACCUCACUACCGUCAUACAGGAAAACAAGCCGAUCGGCACCAGCAUCCUGCAGUUGUCCGUCAUUGAUCAGGACUCGUCCCACAACGGACAGCCCUUUGACUUCCGCAUCCUGUCAGGAAAUGAAGGCGGAGAGUUUGUGCUGGAGAAGGAUGGAACACUGGUGGCCAAUCAGGUGUUCAGGAGGGACCUGGCUACUGAAUAUGUUAUUCUGAUACAGGUGAGCGACUCGGGGAAGCCUCGUCUCUCCUCCUCCUCCAUGCUCACUGUCAGGGUUAUUGAGGAGAGCCUUCACCGGCCUGUGGCGUUGCCACUGGAAGUUCAUAUCGUCACUAUGGAGGACGAGUUUCCUGGUGGUGUGAUUGGCCAACUGCACGCCACCGAUGCUGACCCAUAUGAUGCGCUGACCUUUGGCCAUGCCCCCCCAGCCCAGCGCAGUCUCUUUAAGAUCAGUCCUCGUGACGGAAAGAUCAUCGCCCUGGGCGGGUUGGAUGCAGGCAGGUACUCCCUCAACGCCAGCGUUAGUGACGGCCGCUUCGCUGUGCCCGUGCCCGUGAGCGUGCAUGUGGAGCAGGCGACACCAGAGAUGCUGCGUGAGGCAGUGACGGUACGCUUUGAGAGCGUGGCACCGCGGGACUUUGUGGCGUUGCACCUGAAGAGUGUGUUGAAGGUUCUGCAGCAGGCAGCUGCAUCGCAGCAGCAGGACACACUGCACCUGCUCAGUCUGCAGCCAGUCGGCGGAACGCAACAGCUGGACAUGCUCGUUGCCGUGGAAACAGCAAGGGGUGGGUACUACAAGGCGGCUUACCUCACCCAGAAACUCAGUGCAUCACGCCGGCAGCUGGAGGAGGUCCUCAGAGUGUCAGCUAUCCUAGAUAAGAACUGCUCGGGGCUGGAGUGUCGCGGGGCGCAGUGCGAACAGAGCAUCAUCUUGGACUCACACAGCCUGGCUACAUACAGCACGCCACGGGUCAGCUUCGUCUCACCACGCUUCCACCGGACAUCGCGCUGCACAUGCAAUGAUGCCUCCUGUGCUGUCCUGUCAGAACAGUGUGAGGACCAGCCGUGUCCAGCAGACAUGCAGUGUGUUUCUAUCGAGGCCUCCAGGGGGCGCUACGCAUGCCAGUGUCCUCCAGGCAAACUGGGAGAGUGUGCAGGCCAUUCGUCUCUGAGUUUCUCAGGUAACAGCUACAUCAAGUACCGACUGACGGACCGGCUGCAGACGGAGCUGAAACUCAGCCUGAGAAUCCGAACGCUGCAGAGCAGAGGCAUCAUUAUGUACACACACACUGAGCCCUGCACCGUCCUCAAGUUGGAGGAGGGGAAGCUGUGGUUCCAGCUGGCCUGUGGCCUCGGCAGUGCAGGCGGUGACAGUCCCGACAUGUUGGGCAUCUCCGGCCGUCGUAUCAAUGAUGGCAGCUGGCAUACGGUGGCUCUGGAACUGAACCGGAACUUCAGCAGCCUGGCGCUGGACGACAGCUACGUAGAGCAACGCCGUGGACCUCCGUUCAUGCAACCGCUUGCUCCAGACAGAACCGUCUACUUUGGAGCUCUGGUGCAGCCCCCCAACUCUCGCAGCCUCAUGGACUCCCAGAAGGACCCGCGGGUGCUGGAGGGUUUCCAGGGCUGCCUGGACUCGGUCACGCUGAACAACAACGAGCUGCCGCUGCAGAACAAGCGCUCGCGGUACGCGGAGGUGGUGGGACUGACGGAGCUGAAGCUGGGCUGCAUCCUGUAUCCUGACGCCUGCCUGCAGCAGCCCUGUCGUAACGGAGCCACGUGCAGCAGCCUGCCCUCUGGUGGGUUCUCAUGCAGCUGUAACCCCCAGUACACCGGAGGGCGCUGUGAGAUGGAGAUAACGGCGUGCGUACCCAACCCCUGUCAGAACGGUGGCACAUGUAAGCCCAUCGGCAACGCCUUCCUCUGCAGCUGCAGGAGAGGCUUCAAGAGUCUGACCUGUGAGGAAGAUGUGAACGAAUGUGACCGUAGUAAUCCGGAGGGCGAGUGUGAGAACGGCGGCGUCUGCGUCAACACUCACGGUUCCUUCUACUGUAACUGCACAGCGGGCUUCGUGGGCCAGCGCUGUGGCCUGCGGCCCGUCGUCGUCCCCGACAUGCAGGCGGGUCACACCGUGGUCGGUAAAGAGGAGCUGAUCGGGAUCGCUGUGGUGCUUUUUGUCAUCAUCACCCUCAUCAUCCUCUUCAUCGCUUUCCGCAAGAAGGUUUUCCAGAAGAACUACUCGCGGAACAACCUGUCUCUGGUCCAGGACCCGGCCACCGCAGCGCUCCUCAACAAGGCCAACGGGGUUCAGUUUAAGACCCUGCACUGCACAUCCGGGGACCCUCUCAACCUGUACUCAGAGCCCACCAUGGUGGGAGGGGUUGGGAUGAUGGGACCUCCACAGGUCCCUGUGAGACCCAUGGCAUACACGCCCUGUUUCCAAGGAGACCCGCGCUCCACGCUGGAGAAGAUGGUGGAUGGGCGCUGUGUGGAGCAUACAGAGAUGAGCACCUUUCACCCAGAGUCACCAAGGAUCCUGUCAGGAAGCACCAGAAGGGGGGUGGUGGUGUGCAGCGUGGCCCCCAACCUGCCUCCAGUGUCGCCCUGUCGCUCAGACUGUGACUCCUUACGUAAGAGCCCAUGGGACAGUGAUGAGGGUAAGAUGGUGGACAUGGCAGAAGAAGUAACAUGUUUCUCAGGGAGCAACAAAGGCAGUAACUCAGAGGUCCAAUCACUGAGCUCCUUCCAGUCUGACUCCUGUGAUGAUAACGCCUCCAUAGUGACCGUCAUUCGACUGGUCAAUGAUGCAGUCGACACAAUCGAAAGUGACGUUUCAGUUAUGGACCAUGGUCAAACCUACAACAGAGCAUACCACUGGGACACAUCAGACUGGAUGCCAAGCACCAGGCUGUCAGACAUUGAAGAGGUGCCAGGCUAUGAGGCAGUUCCUGGCAACGACGUAGCAGGCUCAGCCCCCCGUCUGGGAGGAAGCACCCGUGAACUGGAGUCAGACUACUACCUGGGAGGCUAUGACAUUGAUAGCGACUACCCCCCUCCCCACGAAGAAGAGUUCUUGAGCCAAGACCAGCUGCCACCUCCGCUGCCCACAGGCGAGGACUAUCCUGAGCCCUACACGCCGCUGCCCACCAACCCGCCGGUCUCCAAGGAGAGCACCCUGAGCUCUGGCAGCACCGGGCAUCAGCAUGCCAGGCCACACUUCCACCCGAGCCAAUACCUGCCACCCCACCAGCUGCCCCUUGGGGAGGCACCACACGGGGACUUCAGCACUUCAAUGAGUGGGGUAACCCCAGGAAAUGGGGACACUGAUGACUCUGUGUCGCUAAAUAUGCGAUUGUCUGUUGGUGCAUCAUCAGCCUCAGACAUGUCAGCCCCGUGCGGGCUGGAUGACUCUGAACAUGGCAGCGACUUUGACAGUAUGGACGAGCUUCGUCGAGGGGUGACCAUCAUCACUGACUCACAGCAACAGACUGAGGUGUGAUUGAUUGACCAGUACAAGGGUCCUAUGGGAUUUAUAAUGGAGGAUUAGGAGCAGAUGGAAGGAGAUGCAUAAGCAGAUGUUACCACAGGAAGAAAUGCUUUGUCAGCAAUGCUAGGUACUGCUACAACAAUAGACCACAACAAGGACCUUAAAACCACAAAUUAAAAAACACAUUUCACCUGUUUUAAGCACUAUCCUCCCAUGCAACUCUUUUGAGUUUCACCAUGAACAAUUAACUCUGUGCAGAACAAUCAGAAGUGUCCUUCCUGUUCCAAUAUGGAGAUAUUUGUAAUGUGAAAAGAAUGGGGUAGAGAAUGUGAAUGAGAAAGACUAAUCCAGAAGAGAUUGGAGUUUACAGAUGAAAAUCUGAACAAAGAGAAGGGACAAUCAUGUAAGUGAAAGGAUUGUUUGGUUUCCUGCUCCUUCACAGAAGCCCAUCGGACCACUUCUUUGUGUACAACAAAACACAAAUCCUCAUUUCUUGUUUUUUUCGUUGGAUUUGUAAACUUUGUAGUGCUCCAAGCUUGUACAGACUUUG